AUGGAGGACUUGGAGGCACCACCAGAGGUGCACCAUUAUGAGAAUCUCCAUGAGGUCCCGUGGGAUAUUCAGAAUUAUUGGUCUCAACGAUACCGCAUUUUCUCAAAGUACGACGAGGGAAUCUGGCUUACAGACGAUGCUUGGUUUGGAGUAACACCAGAACCUGUUGCCAAUAAAAUAGCUUCUGAUCUAGCCAAGUCAGCUCCUGCUGACCGCAGUAUCUUGGUCGAUGCUUUUGCAGGCGCAGGUGGUAAUACUAUUGCAUUUGCCAAAUCCGGGAGAUGGAAACGAGUGUAUGCAAUUGAGAAGAAUCCGGCUGUUCUGCAAUGCGCCAAGCACAACGCAAAGAUCUACGGCGUGGAUAAUAAGAUCACUUGGUUCGAAGGUGACUGCUUCGAGAUCCUUAAGAACCAACUCAAAGACCUUGCUCCUUACAGUAUCAUCUUUGCAAGCCCACCAUGGGGAGGUCCUGGAUAUCGUUCGGAUGAAGUAUUCAAUCUGCGUACCAUGGAGCCAUAUUCUCUGGCAACUCUUUAUAAGGAAUACGCGGCAUUUACUCAGCACAUGGCUUUGUACUUGCCUCGGACCUCAGAUGUGCAGCAGAUGGCAAAAUAUGUCCCAAAUGGGCGCCAAGCAACGGUAAUGCACUAUUGCAUGGAGGGCCAUAGUAAGGCACUGUGCGUUUUUUAUGGCGAUUUCAACAUUUGA